AUGCACAUUCCCAUGUCUCUGAACCCUCGAAAACGACCCGCGCCAGAAUCAACGCCCGCCAUGCCGAUGCCUCAGGUGCAACAGCCGACGUUCCCCAGCCCAACCGGUGACCCGUUCUUGCGAUGGGGAGGAGCGGCGGAUGCAAAUGGCCUCGUCGAUGGAACCGGGGCCCAGGCCAUCAACUCGUACGGUAUCGUUCCCGGCCCGCAGCAGCAGCAGUUCGUGCCGCCCACACCAAACCCCAACAAUGCCCUUGCCAGGAGACAGAUGAACAGAGCACUUGUUCCCACCGGUGUGAGGCAGAACUUUGACUCGCCAAGUGACCCUUGGUCUCUCGGCGGUGAAGACUCUGCGCUCCUACAGCAGCAAGCAAACGGAACUAUGACCGAGACCGACAACAUCGAGGUCUUGGAGGAGAUGGCCCGCAAGGCCAUGAGGGAGGCGCAGCAGAAGCGGAAGCAGAUCCCGCCCUUCGUGCAGAAAUUAAGCAGCUUCCUAGACGAUGACAAGAAUUCCGACCUGAUUCGGUGGUCCGAGAAAGGCGACUCGUUCGUCGUUCUCGACGAGGACGAGUUUGCAAAGAAGCUGAUCCCGGACCUUUUCAAGCACAACAACUAUGCUUCGUUCGUGCGACAGCUCAACAUGUACGGCUUCCACAAGCGCGUCGGUCUAUCAGAUAACUCGAUGCGCGCGAGUGAGCGGAAGAACAAGAGUCCGAGCGAGUACUCGAACCCGUUCUUCCGACGGGGGCACCCGAACCUGCUCUGGCUCAUCAACAAGCCCAAGGGCGGCAACAAGGGCAAGAAGGGCGGCAAGAACGCCGAGGUCGAAGGCGACAGCGAGGAGGACAUCGUCGUCACCGACGACGCGAUGGGCCAGGGCUUCGGAGCCACUAGCGCCCCUGCCAGCAAGGCCUUGCCUUCCCCCAGCGACAUGCCCCUCCAGAAGAAGGAGAUGGUGCUGAUUCGUGAAGAGCUGGCCAAGGUGCGGGAGCAACAACGGAUGAUCAUGACGGCCAUUCAACGAAUCCAACAAGAUAACUCGGCGUUGUAUCAGCAAGCCGUUGUUUUCCAGAGCCAACACGAUCGGCAUCAGAAUUCGAUCAACGCCAUUUUGAACUUCUUGGCCAACGUGUUUAGGAAAACACUCGAGGACCAAGCCGGACCUCAAAGUGUAAACGAUCUUCUGGCGAGCAUCAUCCCGAAUGGCAACAACGCCACUUCGGUUCCGCAAGGAAGCGUUGUCGACUUGGGCGAUUACGUCCAAGCAGCACAGAACUCGGCCAGCAACAGCAAAAACAACAUGAACCUUGCGAAGCGUAGGCAUGCGAUUCUGCCCCCUAUUCCCAAUGGACGUGCCAACACGGUUUCUCCAUCUCCGGUGUCGGCCUCGUCCACGCCUCAGCCAUACAGUCGCGAGAUGGGUACGGUCACGGAACUCUUUGAUACCCCCCCCGGAGACCAUACCUCGCCCAGCAACUACUUGGCGCAGGAGCUCGAGACCAAUCCCCACGAGAGCAUGAUGAAAAUCAUCCACAACACCAAUGCCAACAACUCAUCCGGCAUUGACCUCCCUGAAGUCGUCAAUAACACCCCUGCGACAAUGAGCAAUGACCAGCGGAAUAUGAUGCUCAAUGCAAUGGCAGGUCGGUCAGCCACGCCCUCUACCAACGCCCCCCGGUCUGCCAAACCCUCGGUCUCAGCCUCUCCCAAUCCGCCUGCGCCAUCGGUUACCGCGACCCCCGAAACGCCUCCCAUGCCUGCCGCCUCAGGCCUUUCGCUGUCCCCCAUUAUGGGUUCUGCGGCGCCGCCACCUUCACUGCAGCAAAUCAACUUCAACCAGGAAGACCUCGCCGCGCUGCAUCGCAUGCAAGAAGAGCAGGCGGCCAAGUUGGACCACCUCUCAAGCAUGCUUGGACCGCUCAGCCCAUCUGGUCGCAUACCCGGCAUUGAGGAGGCCGGGAACGCCAACGGCUACUUUGACGGCGAUUUGGACAUUGACCAGUUCUUGAACACGGAUGCUUUCCAGGGUGACAAUGCUUACCCCGGUGUUAACUUCAACGGCGACGGAGACGACUUCAACUUCACACUUGACGGGUCUGGCAUCAACCAAGGCGGCACUAACGUCAACAGUACGCCGAGCUCUUCCGGAACUGAGGAGAUCCCGCGAGAAAACUUUGACGGACUCAGCGGAAGCCCUGAUCGCGGUAACAAACGGCGACGGGUGGGUUGA